GCCCGGCGAGGGCGGGGUCUGCGGCGUCCGUGGGCGCCCCCCAGUGGCGGCGGGUGGCGCCGCACGGAGUUCGCCGCUUGCACCGGGACCGAUGCCAUCUGAGACGCACGCGAUGCUGGCGACGCUGGCGAGGGUGGCAGCUCUGCGCAGAACCUGCCUCUUCUCCGGCCGGGGCGGCGGGAGGGGGCUGUGGACUGGCCGCCCGCAGUCAGAUAUGAACAAUAUAAAGCCAUUGGAAGGGGUAAAAAUUCUGGAUCUAACAAGAGUCCUGGCAGGACCUUUUGCUACUAUGAAUUUAGGAGAUCUUGGAGCAGAAGUUAUAAAAGUGGAGAGACCAGGAUCUGGUGAUGAUACACGAACUUGGGGGCCACCUUUUGUUGGGACAGAAAGUACAUAUUAUCUCAGUGUUAACCGAAAUAAAAAAAGUAUUGCUGUUAAUAUCAAGGAUCCAAAAGGGGUGAAAAUCAUCAAAGAGCUUGCAGCUGUUUGUGAUGUGUUUGUGGAAAACUAUGUCCCUGGCAAACUGUCUGCAAUGGGCCUGGGAUAUGAAGAUAUAGACGAGAUUGCUCCUCACAUCAUCUAUUGUUCCAUCACAGGGUAUGGUCAGACAGGUCCAAUUUCUCAGCGAGCUGGUUAUGAUGCUGUUGCCUCGGCUAUUUCUGGUCUGAUGCACAUCACAGGGCCUGAGAAUGGAGAUCCAGUUCGCCCAGGAGUAGCUAUGACUGAUCUUGCCACUGGCCUGUAUGCAUAUGGAGCUAUUAUGGCUGGAUUGAUACAAAAAUACAAAACUGGGAAAGGACUGUUCAUUGAUUGUAACCUACUAUCAUCCCAGGUGGCGUGUUUGUCUCACAUAGCUGCAAAUUAUCUUAUUGGUCAAAAGGAAGCAAAACGUUGGGGUACAGCUCAUGGCAGUAUCGUUCCUUACCAGGCUUUUAAAACCAAGGAUGGCUAUAUUGUAGUUGGAGCAGGAAAUAACCAGCAGUUUGCCACCGUGUGCAAGAUCUUGGAUUUGCCUGAGUUGAUUGAUAAUUCCAAGUAUAAAACUAACCACCUUCGGGUACACAAUAGAAAAGAGCUUAUUAAAAUAUUAUCUGAGCGGUUUGAAGAAGAACUGACCAGCAAGUGGUUACAUCUUUUUGAAGGCAGUGGAGUCCCGUAUGGCCCAAUCAACAACAUGAAGAAUGUAUUUGCAGAACCUCAGGUCCAGUCUGUGGAGUGGCUGCAUAAGGGAGACAUCUUGAUGAAGAAGACUUUAUAUAACAAAACAAUAACCAUAACGGUAUUACACAAUGGCCUUGUUAUGGAGAUGGAGCAUCCAACUGUGGGGAAGAUUUCCGUCCCAGGCCCAGCUGUGAGAUACAGUAAGUUCAAGAUGUCAGAGGCCAGACCGCCUCCCCUGCUCGGGCAGCACACAACGCACAUCCUGAAGGAGGUCCUGAGAUACGAUGACAGGGCCAUCGGGGAGCUGCUCAGCGCUGGAGUGGUGGACCAACAUGAAACUCACUGACAAAGGAAAAGGGCUCUUCCUCAUAACCUCGAUCCAAAUACACUGGCAAAGGCAACACUUUGCUUGGACCCUUCUCCCCAGUUCUGAUACCACUAAAAAGAAGAUUUAGAGUAACUCCAGAUUUCUUACAUGGCAUCUCCAGAAUGGCUCUGGUAUUAAUGAAUCUAGUGCCUUUUAAAUGUACCCCACGUUUUGUUCCCUACCAUCUUUUUUUUUCAGAUGAUGAUUUCAUUAUGGAUUUGUGGGAUUUUUAAAAAUAAAGAUUUAAUUUUUUUCCUGGAAAAA